GCUGUAGCGACCUAGCUGUUGCUCGUGUUUGAUUCGGCUUGUAGCCAUGGCUCGGUUCGCUGCCUUACUGCUUUUACCUGUUCUCAUUGAAUCGGUAUUUUCGAUUUCUUUCUUUCUACCGGUAAAUUCAAGGAAAUGUCUACGGGAAGAGAUCCACAAAGACGUGCUCGUCACGGGGGAAUAUGAAAUCAGCGAACAAUCCAACACCAAAACCAACCUGAAGGUGAGUUUGAUGAUGCUGGCAAUACCGAGGUUGCCGGGCUAAGCUAACUAAGCUAGUUAGCUGCUAACUGUUAGCAGUGAAGGCCCAAACGUAGUUUGGUCAUAUCAUUUCCCGAUGUGAAGUAACGUUAUCACAACGAAAUACAAUACGUGGAUAUGAUAACGCAGCGAGUUAUCCAUAUACAAUUGCUUUCAAUAACAGCUAGUUAGCUCGCUAACUAGCUCAACGUCUUGUUCACAGCUGCUGUUAGUUCGUAGCUAGCUAACGUUAGCCUGGUUGGGCCUGUGACAGAUCCUUCCUGGUUCAUGCCCUGUGAAAUGGUUUUGAUAGAAAUAGCAGAAUUGUACAUUUCUCAAACCAAGUUCAUAUAGUAUUACAUGUGUAAAGGCAUUGCAAGUUGCAAAUCAGAGCUAACUGUUAGUGUGUUGCUAACUCAUUUUAAUGUUUAGUUUCAGUUGAGUUGCAUUCAUUCAGGAUGUUACACGUCAGUCUUAGCUCCCCCAUCCACCCUGUGAUACGUGUACUAGCUAGGCUAGCUAUGUUAGCAUGCUGUAGAAGAUGUAUCAUGUGGAUGUCAACAAAGGGAAUGCAGGGUUAGAAUAUGUCUAUCAUUUGCCUAUUGACCAAGUUAGAUUAUUUUGUGUGUGAGUUUACAUUACACGCAAUUGGGUAAACAUAACAUUUCCCAUAGCAACUGUCAUGAUGCAGCAGCUGUCAUAACACUUGAUGUAUCUCUACCAUUAUGUCAUUUUGUUAUUAUCACCUGUUUAGAUCACAGACUCGUCAGGACACACCCUCUACUCAAAGGAAGAUGCAACGAAAGGGAAGUUUGCCUUCACGACAGAGGAUUAUGACAUGUUUGAAGUGUGCUUUGAGAGCAAGUCCCCAAUGGGUAAGUCAGAGUGCGUCCCAAAUGACUCCCUAUUUAAGUGCACUACUUUUGACCAGAGCCCUAUGAGCCCUGGUCAAAAGUGGUGCACUAAAUGGUGAAUAGGGUGCCAUUUGGGACAUGCUCAAUGUGUAUAGUUGUUAUUUUGUGGUACGGAAAUUGAUGGUACUCCUUAACCUAGAUGUUUGCAAGGAGCAGGCACUACUCAAUGUAAUUGAUAGUCUAACUGCAUUACUCCUUCCACAAGUAGUCUCUUGUGAUAGAUUGUUAACAAAUUAGUAGCUGACUUAGCCUGGAUACUAGUCUGUUUGAGUUAUCAUUCCACUCCGUGCUAAGCAUUACAUGAAGUACAGUGCAUUCGGAAAGUAUUCAGACCCCUUGACUCUUUCAAAUUGUUACGUUACAGCCUUGUUGUAAAAUCAAUGAAAUAUUUUUUUCUCUCAUCAAUCUAACACACAAUACCCCAGAAUGACAAAGCGAGAAGUGUUUUUGAAAUUUUUGCACAUUUACAUAAGUAUUCAGACCCUUUGCUAUGAGACUCGAAAUUGAGCUCAACUGCAUCCUGUUUCCAUUGAUCAUCCUUGAGAUGUUUCUACAACUUGAUUGGAGUCCACCUGUGGUAAAUUCAAUUGAUUGGACAUGAUUUGGAAAGGCACACACCUGUCUAUAUAAGGUCCUACAGUUGACAGUGCAUUACAGAGCAAAAACCAAGCCAUGAGGUCGAAGGAAUUGGCCGUAGAGCUUCGUGUCGAGGCACAGAUCUGGGGAAGGGUACCAAAAAAUGUCUGCAACAUUGAAGGUCCACAAGAACACAGUGGCCUCCAUCAUUCUUAAAUGGAAGAAGUUUGGAACCACCAAGACUCUUCCUAGAGCUGGCCGCCUGGCCAAACUGAGCAAUCGUGGGGAGAAGGGCCUUGGUCAAGGAGGUGACCAAGAACCCGAUGGUCGCUCUGACAGAGCUCCAGAGUUCCUCUGUGGAGAUGGGAGAACCUUCCAGAAGGACAACCAUCUCUGCAGCACUCCACCAAUUAGGCCUUUAUGGUAGAGUGGCCAGACGGAAGCCACUCCUUAGUAAAAGGCACAUGACAGCCUGCUUGGAGUUUGCCAAAAGGCACCUAAAGGACUAUCAGACCAUGAGAAACAAGAUUCUCUGGUCUGAUGAAACCAAGAUUGAACUCUUUGGCCUGAAUGCCAAGCGUCACGUCUGGAGGAAACCAGGCACUGUUCAUCACCUGGCCAAUACCAUCCCUACGGUGAAGCAUGGUGGCAGCGUCAUGUUGUGGGGAUGUUUUUCAGCGGCAGGGACUGGGAGACUAGUCAGGAUCGAGGGAAAGAGAUCCUUGAUGAAAACCUGCUCCAGAGUGCUCAGGACCUCAGACUGGGGCGAAGGUUCACCUUCCAACAGGACAACAACCCUAAGCACACAGCCAAGACAACAUAGGAGUGGCUUCAGGACAAGUCUCUGAAAGUACUUGAGUGGCCCAGCCAGAGCCCGAUCGAACAUCUCUGGAGAGACCUGAAAAUAGCUGUGCAGCGACGCUCCCCAUCCAACCUGACAGAGCUUGAGAGGAUCUUCAGAGACGAAUGGGAGAAACUCCCCAAAUACAGGUGUGCCAAGCUUGUAGCGUCAUACACAAGAAGACUCGAGGCUGUAAUCGCUGCCAAAGGUGCUUCAACAAAGUACUGAGUAAAGGGUCUAAAUACUUAUGUAAAUGUGAUAUUUUUAUUUUAGCAUAAAAUUCUAAAAACCUGUUUUUGCUUUGUCAUUAUGGGGGUAUUUUAGAAUAAGUCUGUAAAGUAACAAAAUGUGGAAAAAGUCAAAGGGUCUCAAUACUUUCUGAAUGCACUGUACAUGGAGUGGAAUGUUAGAAAAACAGGUUCUAGAUUUCUGGCCAUAGAUGCGGUAAAGAACUCGUUCCAUAGACCUCUUUACCACAUCUAUGGCCAGAAAUCUAGAACCUGUUUUGCUAACAUUCCACUCCAUGUACAGUGUAUGGGGAAAGAUCCCGAAUCUCCUCAUUGCCCCCCGGCAAAAUUAUCCCACAUUUAAGCUAUUGUUUAUAUGUGUAUUUCACACUAUGUUGAGGUAGAAUUCGGACUAUAAUGCUUGUAUGGACGUCAACCCCCAAUACAUGUUCAUGUCAUCGUCACCAAUCAACUGCAUUGCAGUUAAACACGACUGACUACCACCACCGUAUUCUGUGUGCUAGCUAUGCUAACCAGCUUAUACGAAUCACUUCUUCUUUUAAACCUAAAAAAGGGGACAACUUCUAAAUGUUACCCAACGAAAAAAAGCCAGGGCUAAAUUGAGAUGUUUCUUACAGAAUAAAUAUGAAAAGCAUAUGCAUAACCAUGUUAGCAAUUUGAAAGGGAACAGUUUGGAGAUCAUGGGAAAAUUAUUAAACCAAAGGUCUUGUGUCAGUUCACCUGACAAGACUGAAUUACAUGACACUGUUGAUUUUAUUUCAAUGCACUUUAAUGACUCAAAGAAGAGCCUUCAACUAUAAGUUGCUUUUUUGAGCUCUCCUAGCUGUUCCGUUGAGGAACUAGAGCAAGAACUCUUGUAGUUGUUUUGUUUGGAACACAGCCCUGCAUCACCGCCAUCACACAAUUACGGUUGUUGUUUACGCAAUCCAAAAAUGGCAAUCAGGGUCAGGUGGGCAUCAUUUGAAAGCCUGUUCUAUUGCCAACAUGACUAGCUAAGUUAUAAAAUACGAUAUUACAGUGUUACACAUGUAAUUCAGGGAAACAGAUCAUCAUUUUGGUGCACAUCGAAAGGAAUCACGAGUUAAUUCCGGUGGCGUAUGUCGCGGGUCAAAUGUUCUUCACAAUACAACAAACACAGGCUCGUUCUGUUCAGACCAACCCAGGGUGUGACGCCACGUCAUCUUGGAACCGUACAUCAAACAGUUCCAAGAUGUGCAAGAAACCGGAGGAUUGGGGAAAGUGUUUACAGCAGGGCCCAACCUUCAGUAGCUGAACGCUGCAGAUAGAAAUAAGACAUUUCUACAUAGCAUGUCUGAGCGUAAAACAAAACAUUUUGUCCCGCUGAACACGCUCCGUGUGACUGGAACGAGUCCUAACAACUUCUUAUUGCUUGCUGUUAUUGAAUGAGCUGAGGGAAAGCCAUCCAUGGAAAUGUACUAAAUAAGGUGUUUGUUCUGUCACCCAGGAACUGGGAGAGUCCCAGACCAGCUGGUUAAUCUGGACAUGAAGCACGGCGUGGAGGCCAAGAACUAUGAAGAGGUGAGUAGAGUAGAAGCCUUUCAUCUGACAAAAUGCUUCUUGUAAGGUGUCUCGUGAACAGUAGCAAACUGUUCUGCUGACUACUGAGUGAACUCCAGCUCUAUCUGUGUCCCAAAUGGCACCCUGUUCCCUGCACUACUUUAGACAAGAGCCUUUAUGGGCCCCUGGUCAAAAGUAGUUCACUAUAUAUAGGGAAUAGGGUGUAAUUUGGGGAAACGCACAAUGUGUGGACUAGCUACUGGUAACCCUUGUGCUGUGUGUGCGUAUUUACAUACGUCGAUGUGUGUGUGUGUUGUGCUGAUUUAAAGAAGCAAUAAAACUGGCCUUCUUGAGACUAGUUGAGUAUCUGAAGCAUGUAUUGUUCUUUAAUCAGCACAACGGUUUUCAGCUGUGCUAACAUAAUUGCAAAAGGGUUUUUCUAAUGAUCAAUUAGCCUUUUUAAAAUGAUAAAUUUUGGAUUAGCAAACACAACGUGCCAUUGGAACACAGCACCGAUGGUUGCUGAUAAUAGGCCUCUGUACGCCUAUGUAGAUAUUCCAUUAAAACAUCAGCCGUUUCCAGCUACAAUAGACAUUUACAACAUUAACAACGUCUACACUGUACUUCUGAUAAAUUUGAUGUUAUUUUAAUGGACUAAAAAAAAUUCUAAGUGGGACCAAACUUUUGAACGGUAGUGUAAGUACGUAACAUCAGUGUGUGGUAUUCGAAUAUAAGGUAGUUGGCAAUGAAAGUAGGAAAUGAAAGUUGGCUAGAAUCUCUGUCUAGUCUAAAGCCAACGCAGUGUCUUGCUACUGUGAGAACUAUCAGUAUAUCCUUCUCUCAAACUUCAGAUUUUCACUUGUUCUCUUUUGAUCAAAUACCCCCCCCUCCCCCUCGAUUUAAUUGAGUUGGUAGAUGAGAAGUCACUUUUCUGAUGAAUCAGGGAUUCCUGUUUUUCUGACAUUGGCCUCUGAAACUGACUUAUCCCCUAGCCCAAAUCCUGUUUUGCUGAUUUUCUAUGCUGUCCCGAUAAGCAAAGGGUUGGAACCGGUUCAGGGAACAGAACCGAAAACCGGAAAAUAAAGAAAUCAUUUGAGGAACAGAGCCCCGAAAACGAAUGUGAUCUAUACUGUUCCGGAACAGAACCAUUAUUUUAAAAGCAUGGGAAACAUUUUAAUAACGUUAUUUUAAGUGUGGGAAUUUUUUCUCGCAAACAAAGUGCCUAUGCAAAGCCCUCACUCUGCCACUAAAACUUCCUCCAGUGUCUGCCUGCCAGCUGGAAAUCCUCCCCUGUGUGAGUGUGAAGCACUACUGUAGACUACUGACGUUACAAGAGUGAUUCAGGAAUUAGGGAGAGAUGUGGGAUUAACUUUUUGUCAGUGCUAGUUAAGGAUACUAUAGUUAUCACGUUUCACGUUGGAUUUAUUAACUACAAAAAGGUAAGGCGUGUUUUUAUUAAUUCUAGUGCUGCUCUGAACACAGAAGCUUGCUAGCUAGCUAACGUUUGCUCUGAUCCAACGUUAAACCAACUCUCUGCAGUUCAAAGACAUUCAAAGGUCCUUCAUAGAAGCCGUUCCUCCGUAGGUAUAAUUCUGUGGGCCUAAUUCAGAUAAUGCAUGUCAUCACAAGAUGCCCAGCGCUUCAAGGCAAGCCUCCUCCACCCUCUCUCCCUACCCUAAGAAUGGCAGUUGCACCACACGCCCUACACUGUGACUGCCAGCACAGUGUGUGUUUGUCUUCCAUUAUGAUUCAACCAUGCUGUUACGGCAAAAUACUAUUUGCUCUUAACGACUUUCCUAUACAGAUUAAGUCGUUUACCUGCUCCACAGCAAGCUGCUCACUGAUUGGUGAACUAAUUUAAUGUCGAGCUAAAUGUAAAAAAAAAAUAUUCAUGUUUCAGAGGUUUAAAAAGGAACGAUAUAGACCAAGUAUUUUUUUUGUUGAUGGUUCGAACCGGUUCAGAACUUUUUAUUUUGCUGGUCGGAACUGGAACGGAACAAAAAUAAUAAUGGUUCUGUUUGUUCAGAACGAAACGAGUGGAAAAUAAUUUGUGUUCCAACCGCUGCUGAUCAGAUCACAUCCCUUUAAAGUUGUAGUUUGUGGGACCAGAUUCUCUGCUUGGGAAUCAGAACGUUUGCCAAACUAAAGCAGGAGGAGGGGUAGAGCGUUCUGCAUACCAGACAGAUUGCGCUAUGUGUUCCUGUUCAUGUUGGAACUAAUUAAAAACUGUCCUCUGCUGCAGUCUGUCACUGCUGCACAGCUCGAGAGUGACCCCUACUGGACAAACGGGGUCAUAGCACAGCACAGUCCAAGGUUCUAAUAAUAAUAAUAUAUUCCAUUUAGCAGACACUUUAAUCCAAAGUGAUUUACAGUCAUGGAUGCAUACAUUUUACAUAUGGGUGGUCCCAGGAAUCGAACCCACUAUCCUGGCAUUGUAAGUGCCUUGCUCUACCAACUGAACUACAGAGGACCACUCACAUUUCAAAUCAAAUUGUAUUUGCCACAUGCGCCGAAUACAACAGGUGUGGACCUUACAGUGAAAUUCUUACUUACAAGCCCUUAACCAACAAUGCAGUUUAAAAAUUUGUUAAAAAGUUAAAUAAGUGUUAAGUAAAAAAAUAAAAGCUAAUAAUUAAAGAGCAGCAGUAAAAUAAAACAACAGUAGGGAGGCUAUAUAGAGGGGGUACCGGUACAGAGUCAAUGUGCGGAGGCACCGGCUAGUCGAGGUAAUUGAGGUAAUAUAUACAUGUGGGUAGAGUUAAAGUGACUAUGCAUAAAUAAUAAACAGAGUAGCAGCAGCGUAAAAGAGGGGGGGGGGGUCGGGGGGUCAGUGCAAAUAGUCCCCAACUUUUAACACAAUUGAAUCAAUUUGCUCCUGCACCAUUGUCCAUCAAACAUCUUGAGAUCAAAAUCCAAUAAACACUUACGGACAUGGGAUGGAUUGUGGUGUUGCAUUGUUGAUUUGAUUGUCUCUUUUGUCCACUCAGAUCGCCAAGGUGGAGAAGCUGAAGCCCCUGGAGGUGGAGCUAAGGCGGCUGGAAGACCUAUCAGAGUCCAUCGUCAACGACUUUGCCUACAUGAAGAAGAGAGAGGAGGAGAUGAGGGACACCAAUGGUAAAAACUGAUAAAGUAGUGCCAUCAUUUAUUCUAACGUGAGAAAGGACUGUGCAACUCCAAUUUAAACACAAACCUCCCGUUGUUGUCAAUACAUGCAUGAUUCUUGUGGAACUUUACAAAGAAAUACAAAAUUAAUUCAAAGAAAAAAAGCAAGCAAGACAGAACAAGUCACUUCUAUAAUAUUUCUAACUAUGUUCUUCCAGAGUCCACCAACACACGCGUCCUGUACUUCAGCAUCUUCUCUAUGUGCUGUCUGAUUGGCCUGGCCACCUGGCAGGUCUUCUACCUACGACGCUUCUUCAAGGCAAAGAAGCUCAUCGAGUAGAGAGGCAUCACCUCUCCGCCCAGGGGGGGGAGCAGCCAAUGCUACCCGACCAACCUCCACCCUCCUCGGACUAACUUCAGCAAAUGUAUAGCUGUGUCCGAAAUAGCUGGAAGAGCUAGAGAUCCGCACGCUGUCAAAAAAAAUGAAUAAAUCCAAAUCUG